AUGGCUGCGAGAAGGAUCACAACAAACAGUACCUCUCCACCGCCACCUUUCAUGAGUUCUCGCUCUGUCAAGUCAGAAGAUGUUGCGCCCCAUACCGAGGCUAUGAGACUUAGCAAGGAAGACAAGCAGAGAUACAUCAUUAACGAAGUCAAAAAGCUUCUCGAGGGAUGCGACCAUUUCAUUGGUCUCGUCCCAGGCGAGCACGGCAUGCCUGAGAUUAUUGCUUCUGACAACUUGAAGCAGCACAGAUUCGCGAUUCUGGGGGACGCAUACGAGAAGUUUGCCCGGUAUAUGAGCAGCCGUGAGCUUGCCUCAGUGACUCGACUCGCGGACCCCUGGUCUUCCCGGGCGAUAAAGGGCAAGGGAAAGCCCAUACACACUCCAGAACAAGUUCUGCCUGCCCCGGCUUCGAUCUCUUAUCCAUUCCAGCGUCCCAGCAAGCGUCAUCGAUCUGCGACGCUGAGCGGAAAAGGUUCGGGCACGAACUCGCAGAACAUCCUGGGAGAACGAAGUAUGAAGACCCUCAACGAAGCACCAGCUAUCCAGCUCAGAGUGGACGACCGUGAGAGACUGGAGCGGUGGUUCAGAGAGGCCUUCGUGGCCAUGCAGCAGGUGGCAUGCCGCACGAUUGCCAAGAUCUGGAUCAAGAGAAUCCAUCCCAAGAAGCAAUCAACGCAUCCAUACAAUGGUGGAAUGCCGCGUGGUGAACCUCUAGAUCCGAAUCGAACUCGCCCACCGUACUGGCCUGCACAUGUCAUCCAUCGUGAGCCAGACCACAUAGGUCGUGAUGACCGAACAAGCCUUUUGGUCCACCUUAUUAUGAACACCCCAUUGGAAGUUAUCACGAAUCCGCCAGAAACACAUAGCAGACAGAUGGUGACAGCAUCGGCACUUUUAGAGUGUCUCGAGGUCAAGAGGUCUGACCCCACUAUCCAAGAGGAUCGAUGGGAAAUUAUCGAACAGGUUUGCCGGGCCAGAGACAUGAUGGAACAAUAUGAGGCUGGUGAGAUAGGUUGGUUCCACGUCAAUCCCAAAAGUCACUUUUACCUUGAACUGACGGUAUCCAAAGAUGGCGAUGCACUCGUCUUUCUGAGUGAUUAUAGCAAUGGCAUCCGGCUGUCGUCGAAUGACUCUGACACUGAGGUGCCGCCUGUGCAGGAAGGACGACAGGAGUCGGAAGACGACGAGGUCAGUGGAGAUGGUGAAUUCACGCCGGGGUCGUCAACAGCGAAUGAUUCACCCAUCCAUCGCUCAUAUGCCGAAGGGCGGGCUCAGACGGAAAGACUGCGGAGUUCGGUCGCCAUCGAGAGCUCGACUGAUGCUACGGGUCGUCGAAGCAAUGGCCGCCGGUCCAGAGCUUCGGUAGGCACAUCAGGAGCGAGGGGGGGCUCGUUGAUAGGGUCACGACAUGUGCAAGACCUCCCUUAUCGGAUGUCGGGCUCCGUGAGGAAGGCUGAAGCCGGCGCUGCCUCGGCGCAAUAUAUGACGGGUGGUCGACGGAGGAGCGUCAAUUAUCAAGCUCCCAACUCGGAUCUGUCUGUUAUGAUGACUUCCAGGUUUCCUUCUCAGCAGGAACUGUCUUUGACAACUCUGGGGCGCAGCGAGUACGACGCCCACAACACCGACUCCGGGUCCAGAGAUAUGAUGCAGCACAUGCUCUCGUACAGCAAUGGAGCUUGUCUCCCUCCACCGCAUUCUGUGGGCUGGGGGAUUAUGGGGCCCGAAGCGCCUGAUCAUGUCUUUGGUAUGCAGCCGCAUAUGACAACACAGUCGCCCGAGUCGGCCAUGGCGUACUUCGGCCAUGCAGCCGCUCCUCCUCAUCAGCCUCAGCCUCAGCACCAAGAGAUGAUGGACAGAGUCGAAAAUGGCUUGGCCUUGAUGGAUGCGAUGCAGUAUCAUGAUCUCAAUAUUGGUGGCCACCAGCAUGUGCUGCCUCUACGGGUCAUGGAUGCUUCGCACCAUGGGACGAUGUCUCAGCCGGAUAACAAUAUGGAUCUCAGUCAGGGACCCUUUUAUCCGAUGUGA